AUGGGCGAGCGAGUGCGGGUGGGCCAGGCAGUGUCGGCGGAGGCUUGUGACUGGGGCCGCUUGUGGACGGCAACGGCGGAUGGGUCCAUCCAGCCAGAGGGGAAGAACCCCUUCCCGGUGGAGUUGGUGUCCAAGCGCAUGGGCUUCCAGGACUUUGACGUGAACCUCUUCUGCGACCUCACGGCCGCGUUGCGCCAGGCGCCCCUGCGGGCCGCCACCAAUGAGUCCACGGGCCUGCACGUGCACGUGGGCCGGUAUCCGGGCUUCUUUUCGGUGGAGGAGCUGGGGGCGAUACUCAAGGCGUACUUGCGCUUCGAGCCCGCCAUCAACGCGCUGCUGCUGCCGGUGACCAGGCAGCGGAACCGCUUCUGCCGCGACUUCCGGGAGGUCUUGGGCCGCGCGCAGGGCCUGGGCCCCGCUGCCUCGGAUGCGGCGCUCUUUGAGGUCAUCGACCGCGCGGUGGCCAUGGUGAAGAACCUGAGCCCCGAGGUGCGCGCGGCUUGCGUUGAGGGCUGCCGGGUGACUGUGACCAAGGGCGACUUGAUGUUGGCGCUGCUGGGGGAGGCGGGGCUGUGGCGCCUGAAGCGACCUCUGCAGGCCACGUGUGAGGGCCGCCAGCUGCUGCUGCCCGCAGGCACCACGUUGACGGAGCUGGCCGCCAGAGGCCGCCGCCUCUGGUGGCCGCCCACCUGCAAAGACCUGCAAGCCCUGUGGGGAGAGGACGGGGACGCCUCUCCGCUGAACGCCAGCGAAGUGCCGACGCCCUGGACGGCCAUGGAGGCUUUGGAUGACCAGGAUCUGGUGCAGUGCGUCUUUCAAAAACCGGAGGAGGUGCCGGAGGCCAGCGUGGAUCACUGGCUACUGAGGGAUGCCCUGAUCAUGGAGCGGCACGGCGCAAGGUAUUGCAAGCUGAACAUCAUGCGAAUUGCGCAGGCUAGCGAACGUGCGACCAUCGAAUUCCGGCAGUUUCCCGGCGGCGACUUCAAUCAGCCUUUGCUCAUCUGGGGUUGGGUGAAGUUUCUGGGGCUUUUGGUGACUCACGCCUGCGCCUGCAUGGGAGGCGUCACAGGAGCUGAGCUUCCGAAAGAGGCGUCUGCAGAGGAGCUGAAGCGGUUUCUGCAGCUGUCCACAGACAGCUUGCUGCUGGCCUGGUUCAGAGACCUGCGCAAUCGUCUGCCCAAGCCGGAAGUCGCCCUGGCCAGCAUGCGGAGCAACUGGGAGCGCCUCUGGUCCCAGUGGGCCCAGCAGGCGGAGCAGAUCACAGAGGCGGACGUGAUCAGCUUACAGGCAGGGCGCUUGACCGCCGCAGGCCGGCGCUGGCGCCAGAUCUUCCAAGCGGCCUCGGGCAUGAAGGCCAUCUUCAACGCCUCGGACCCCGUGUGGGAGCCGCUGAGCUCUCGCCGGGCCACCUGCGAGGCCUUCAUGCAGCACUUGUACCGGGCCAUCUUGGUGCGCUUCGAGCGCCACGUGAAGCUGCUGAGCGCCGCGGAGGAGAUCUCCCGUCGCUGCUCGCUGGCGACGCUGGUCAGCGCCUGCGUCUUGGACCGCCGGCUCCGCCGCAGCGGCGCGGAGCUCCGGGAGCUCCAGGCCACGGUGGCCGAGACCCUGGGCUGGGAGGCCUGCGACCCGCAGCUGGGGGCCGCCAUCGCGGAGAAGGGCCGCCGCGGCGCCGAGCUCACCGUGGACUACGCCCGGAACUUGUUGGACCACUGCGAGAAAGCCGCCCAAAGCUUCGCCCACGUUGGCCAUGGCGCUUCGGGCCCUGGCGAGACCCAGGAGUUGGAACGAGCGCGCACUGCGCGGGCCUGGGCAUCCCCGGCACUCGUGUGGCGGACCUACUACGAGCUUUGCGAGCUGCUCGUGCCACGUGUGGAUGAGGCGGUGCACGUGUGGACCGCUCUGGCGCAGCGGGGCUGGGACACGGAGAGGGUUAACUCUCUUUGGCCCCGCGUUUGGAGCUGCGGACAGGCGGCGGCGUUUUCCCUGGCUGCGGCAUGGUUUGCGAGUGCCAAGGAAAAGAUUCGGUUCUGA